GUUGCCCGUUGAGAGAGGAUAGGACGCGAUAGUCGGUUGUUUGUUGUUUAUCGUAUACAGCUGAUCGAAGUUAGUCGUCGAUAAAAAGUUUUUUUUCUUCGGUCCGGCUCGAAGGACCAACCGCGGUUGUACCGUUUUAGACUCGUUUUUUUUUCUCGGUUUAUUAUUUUGGUUGUGGUGUAAUAGUGAGUUUGGAUAGAUUAUAGUUGACGAGUUGUUCAGGUGCAUUUUUAGUGGAUAUAUAUUUAUAGUUUAUGGUUACAAUGUGGUCCACGAUCUUACCAAUGGCGGCGCUAGUGGCUGUAGGAGUAAGCAUGCCGUGUGAAGAAGCAAGAAUGAAAUGCGCCUACAGGGAGGGUUGCGGAAAGGCUCUACAGCAUUACCUGAUUGGCUGUUCGGGAGUACUACCAGGACCUGAGGGUUUAGCUUACUGUCCAGGAAUAUGCGCUUUUUCUUUGGUUGCAUUGAUCUCGACGGAGGAAGGAAAAGCUCUUAUGGAUUGUGAGUGCGGAGGAGACGCCUACUGCGAAGAAGAAAAGCAACGUACCGAAAUCUGCAAACCACAAGUUCUAAGGACCAUUAAUGAGCCUAUAGUUCCAUGCACGGUAGCGGAAAGCAUAUGUCACGCAGAUUCCGAAUGCUCGACAGCGUUUGGAUAUUACCAGAGAUACUGUAAAGCCAUGUUCCAUGGAAAAAAAUGCACACCAAAGUGCCAUAAUUCCAUUAAUAUCCUGCGUAGGCAAAACAAAGCCCAAAAGCUCAAAGAAUGUAAAUGUGACGGUACUGAAGAUUACAAUUGUAGAGGAAUCCAGAGAAAUAUGGAGAAAUUAUGCUUCCACAAUCACCAUCACUAUAACGUAACGAAAUCGAAGGCCGAGGAUACUCCAGAAGUGAUAAUGUCUUCGUUUGGAGUGAGAGUGACAGUAUCGAGUAUUAUGUUUUUAGUGACUUACCUCGGACUUUUGAUACGAUAGUUGAUGGAUUAAGUAUUGUAGGAUAGUACAGGUAUCUACCUCCAUAAUUGUUCAGUAUUUUUGUUGUUUAUUUUCCUGAGACUGUGAUAUUAUCUGAUACUUUUUUAUAGAAAGUUUGAUUCCUGUGGACUUAUAGUAUGUAUUGGGAUUAAUGUAGUUAUGAGGCUCAUUAUUUAUUAGGUUUUUAGUAAUUCAAUUUUUUAUCACUCUGGCAAUUUAACUAUUGUAAUUUUGUUCAAAUGGAGAAUAAUUUAGACUGAAAUAAAGUGUAUAAUAACAUGGCAUUGGCUAUUUGGUAAAUUAAAUAUGCUUUGGUAGCAUUAUAGUGAAAACUAGGACUGAAAGUGCUUCAUUUAAAUAUCAGGAGUAGAUCCCAAAUAAACUAUUCCUAAAUAAAGUUACAAGAACUUUGAUGACUUAUAUGUUAAAAUUUGUUUUUCACUUCCGUAUCUUACUUUUCAAGAUCGCUCUUCUAAUUACAAAAGCUCUAAAAAAUAUUUUCAAAAUUAAUUUCUCAAUAGUUAGCACAUUGUCAGGUUAGACUAACUAAUAUAACUUGCAUAUAAAAUUUUACCUCUGGUAGUUGCCAAUUUCGAUUAUUGUAAGUUCUAGUACUAAUUAUUAAGUACAGAAAAAAACAUAAAAAGUUAAUAGUUUGGUUGUCAGUUAGAAUAUUUUAUACAUAAUUCUCACUUUGAACUAAAAGUUAAAUGAACUAAUCGUAACUGAUAAUUGCAAGUUCUAAGUGACAUUAUAAAUAAUAGGUGUUCUAAUUGAUAACUACUGAUAUUUUACUUCAUUUAAUAAAAUCAAAGUUAUUAGUGACAGAUCGUACUUUAAGUUAUAAUAUAUGAAUCCAUCAAAUUUCCUAAAAUUUUCCAGCCAUAAUGAACUAAACAAAUAGCUAUUUCAAAAGAACUUCAUAUUUAAAAAAAAAGCACUUAAUUAAUUAUCUAUAACAAAUAUUACCAACCAAUGUAAAUUCAAAACCAAAGAAGAGCUUGCCGCUGUAUAAUAAAGCUUUAAGUUAUUUGAAAAGUAGACAGAUGCUAAAUAUGCAGGCUUGCACUUCUAAAUAUACAGGGUGUUACAGUUUAAAGUACAAAUAAAAUUUUAUCUACUUAUUACGCUCCCUGUAUUGUAAUGUUGUAAAUGAUAAAUAUUUAUGUUUAGUUUAUGUAGUUAUUAGUUUCUAGAUAAUUUGUUGACCUCCUAAUAAACCGAUUUUCGAAAACUUUAUUAUAAUUUAAAACAUUGUAGAUAAGAAAUUAUUGAUAUUUCGUUUUAGAAACCAAGAAUUUUGUAAAUUUUGUAAAUUAUUAAUUGUGUGAUUAUAGGGGUGUGUUUAUUUUAUUAGUAAAUUGUAUGAAAAGUUUAAGGAUAUUUUUAUAGAAAAUUGAAAAUCAAAAAAAA